CUCGCGGUGCAUUAUGGGUAGGACACAUCCUGUUCCCUAAGUUUUUACCAUCAGGCUAGCACAAUAACCUUAAUGUCACUUUACUAGCGCGGUAUGUUUGUCGGUUUUGUUGACCUUGGAGCUAGCGAUAGUAAACCGUCUUUCGUCACUUGUGUUGUAAUGUAUCAGCGGUAUGAUUUAAUUCGAUAAUUCGGCUCAGAGCACACUGUGUCACUGAUUAGCUGCUAAGCUAACUAGCAUAACAUGGUGAACUGCCUGACGGUCACGUGAAGAAAGAUGAAUAAUUCAGUGGUAAUAUUUAGAUUAUAGAGCAAAUAAGGGUUGGUUUCCUCAUUUUGUACCUUUCAGCGCAACCUUUUGUAUCAUUCAUGCGUGUGGAUACCGGCUUUGGCUUCGAACUAAACAGACAACAUACUCGACUAAAGUAAAAAAACAUUAGUGGGAUGGCCAAAUAAUAAAAACGUGCAUGCUUUUUCUAAUGGGGGGCUAAUGCCUCCCAUUCCUCCCUCAGCCUCUAUUUUCUGUCCGUGUUUGGACCUUUCUUUGUUUGUUUUUGUUUUUUUAAAAACAGCUUCUAACUGCUGAUGCUUUUAAUGAUAAGUUAAAUUCUUACUUUUGCUGAUUUGAAGAUUAAACUAUACAUGAUGCUUCUGAAUGGGUGUCUGUGCUGCUCAAGAAUGUAUCUGCCAUUCAGAGGACAAUUACAUUCAAAGCGUCUUUUAAGUUCUGUUAUUACUUUAUCCUCUACUGGAGGGAAGCAAGCUCUUAGUUUGCAGAGUCCUUAUGCAGUCCCCGUCAGCACCAAGUGCACAAUGUUACCAUUAUACGACAGUGAUGGUGCUCUACAUGCACCUAGCAAUCAGUUGCUCCUUCAGUCAAGAAGAAGAGGUCCUACUUGUGUGGCAAGAAACAGGAAGCUGCUGCUAGGAGUAGCAUCAUGGCCUGUGUCCUUUGUCCGCCAAAGAAUGACUGAAGCGCCUCUUUCCAGUGUACUGCCAGCCUUUGUCGUGAUGAGGUUUGACCAGGAGGGAAAUGUGACAUCAUUUGAGAAGAAGAAAAAUGAGCUUUGUCAGGAACUAAGUCUUCAGCCAAGGGACCUUCGCUUUCAGCACAGUACUAGCAUUGCCACGAGAAACAACUGCAUCAUUAUCCAAAUGGAGUCAUUGAAAGCCAUUAUUACCCCACAUUGCCUUUUGGUGUUGGAUUUUCGUGGUCUUGGUUUGGAACGCUGGCUAGUGCUAGAGCUUGCCCCACAGCUGGCUUCACAGACCCACUCCCUGCCUUUUGAGUUCAGGGCUCUGGAGGCCAUUCUGCAACACAGGGUAAACAAUUUACAGACCCGGCUGAAUGAAGUUGAACCAGUAAUAUUGGACAUUUUGGAAUCUUUGGUGGAUCCGAAAAUCUUGUCUGCCGAUAGAAGUAAACUACACAUACUGCUGCAGAACAGUAAGAGUUUAUCAGAACUAGAGACAGACAUUAAGGUGUUUAAGGAUUCCGUGUUGAAGAUUUUGGAUGAGGACGAAAUCAUUGAAGAAAUGUGUCUCACCAAGUGGACAGACCCGAGAAUGUUUGAGGAGAGCAGUUUGGGGAUUGACCACGCAGAGGAGAUGGAGCUUUUGUUGGAUAAUUAUUACAUGCAGGCUGAGGAGCUGGGGAACAAGGCCAGGGAGCUGAAAGGCUUGAUAGAUGACUCAGAGAGCGUCAUCUUUAUCAAUCUGGACAGCCAUCGAAAUGUGAUGAUGCGGUUGAACCUGCAACUAACCAUGGGAACCUUCUCACUCUCCUUAUUUGGCCUCAUUGGGGUGGCCUUCGGAAUGAACUUGGAGUCAUCUUUUGAAGAGGACCCUCGUGUUUUCUGGCUGGUUACAGGAUUCAUGUUCCUGGGCAGCGGCUUGAUUUGGAGGCGACUGCUGUCCUUCCUGGGACGACACCUGGAGCCUGCAUUACUUCCACCAAUUCCUCCAGUUUGGAAGAGAAAUCUGAAAGUGUCGGACGUGAAACCUGGAGUCAGAUGAUGCCACCAACCUGGGACAGGUUUGAAGGUUGGUAGAAUGACCUCCCGCAUUCUCCAUCAGUGCUCAAAACAUGUCUGCUCACACCUGACCAAGCGACUUGGCUUGAUUGGAUGUUCUCGAGGCACACAGUCGGUGUGCAUUUAACUCUUGGGCCAAGAGUGUCACGCAGUAAUCACUGCUUCUUGAGGAGUGGAUCGAUGCGCUACAUGCGGCUCUGUCAUAAUGAUGGACGUAAGACUGUGCCUGUUUUGUGUGUGGCAUCAUGACAGGAAGACUAAAUUAAUUUCAGAUGCUAUUCACGAUUGAUUCAUGAUUCCUUAGCAUUUUACAUCCACUGAGUCAUGUAUGACAGAUAUUUAUUUUACAGCUACAUCUUUUCCCUUGUGACAAAAUGGUUCACAAUAAAGCUUAAGUUUAGGUGGCUUAGUUUCAGUCCAAUCAUUUACAGUAUUUAUGGGAGUGAUUUGUGUGUGUUGUUAGAAUACAGUUUACAAGUUUAACAGGGGGUGGCAUGGUUCAGAUGGUAGAGUGGUCCUGAAGGUUGCUGGUUCAAUCCUCCGUCCUCCCGUGAUCUUGUUGAAGUAUAUCCUUGGGCAAGAUACUUGAACCCCCAGUUGCUCCUGAUGCUGCGUCAUCAGUCGGUAAAUGUGCUAAUAGUGUCAAAGCGCUUUGAGUGCCUUGCAGGAGGUGGAAACGCGCUAUACAAGUGAAAGACUAUUUACCAACAUGUCUAUGCACACUUUAACAAUAUCACCGUGGAAGCUUGUUUUAUUGAACCAUUUUCUGGUAUGUGCAUGUAAUGAAGAAGGGUGUGGCCUAAUAUCAACACGGUGUAUACUGUAAAGGUGUAAAUAAUGAUAACGACAAAAAAAAAAGAAAGACCAAAAAAAAAAAGAAAGACCAAAAAAAAAAUGAACUGAAAAUGUCAGAUGGAUCUAAUGCUCUUGGAUAGGAAUAUUUCAAUGUGACGCUACCAGGAAGCCUUUAUCAUGGCAGGAACCUGAAAGCCCUGGUUUGGGACAGGAAGGUAAAACGGCGGAGGAAUGACAACUCAGAAAAAUUCAAUUUUCGUCUAUUUUUGGGUCGUGCAGGGUCCAUUAGUGUGCGUGUGGAAGGUUUCCCAAAAAAACGAGCAAAAAAAUUGACAUUUGGACCUAACAAACCAUCUGAAAAUUGCUUGUUCAGGUUCAUGGCAGUGGCUUGGGAAAAAAAAAGAUUUUGCGACAGGAACGGUCUGACAAAACAUGUUUGGGUCCGACCAGGCACUGGUGUUGAGGGUUUCUGCACCUUCCUGACACAAAAAAACUACGAACUUGUCUGUACCUGUCAAAUUGUCCAACUAUUCCAGAAAGAGGCUGUGACAGUGGCCUGAAACAACAAUUUUACAACAGGGUUAGACCUGACUAAACAGUUGAAAAUCAAGAAAUGUUUGGGUGUAGAUGAUUUCCUGACCCUCCACACCCAAAAAGUGGCGACGGCAGCAACAUGGACCUGACAAAACAGCUGAAAAGAUACAGUACAAACGUUUGGACAGACCGCGUUUUCUUUAUUUUUAUGACUAUUUACAUUGUAGAUUCUCGCUGAAGGCAUCAAAACUAUGAACAAACACGUGGAAUUAUGGCUUUUUAAUGGGGUUGGGACCAUCAGCUGUGUUGUGUGUCCAAAUGUUUGGCCUGUACUGUACAUACUUAAGAUAUUUUGAGAGUUAAAACACAAAGUAAAGCACACUUAAAAAAAACUCAAGCUUUAUUACUAAAAUAUGGAAAUACAAAGUAUGAAGAUAAACAUUUUCUCCCUUUUGAAAAUCAUUUGAAAUGUUAAGGCAUGCAGAGCCUGACUUUCCAAAGCUUCAUUUUGUGCUAGUUCAGGUCAAAAAGGUCCCAUGAAAUGGCUUGUAUCCUGGUCAUUUGUUGCAUAAUUGUGUAAGAAAAAGAAUCCCUUUUUGUUUCCUCAUCAAGUGUUAUUAAAAUGGCUUACUGUUUCAUUUUAUUCAGGAAAACUGUCAGUUGUCUAUGGAGUGAUCCAGCUAUCCCAUACAUCUUGCUCACAUGAGAUUCAGAUAAAACAUACGAUGAUCCAGUUGAACUAACAAAACAAACACUUCAGGGAACCUUUUGCACAUUAUUAAUGUUGUUAUGAGGGCCACAUGAAUACUGCACGUCAAUACUGUUUCUCAGUCAUACGUCAACAGUGAGUCAGCCUUAAAUAUCAACAUGGAGCUAACACAUCUUAAUGAACGCCAUACUAGCAUCUAACACGCUACAUGCUACAUUCAGAGUCAAGGAAUGUAUGGACUGGACUAAAUGUCAUACUGGAAGAGCUAGCCUUUGAUUGGUCUAAAAUGAGUCAACAAGAAUGGAAGGCACCUAGUGGUGUUUAGGGACAAGCAGGUCUACAGCAAAGGUCCGGGUGGGAAUUGAAGGGAGCAGCCACCAACAUUUGGACUUAUCAGGACCAGCUUUCUUUGGUAGGUUUGAAGGCCUGAUGGUGUCAAGAGUGCUGGUUUGCUUCUGAGUCUUCUACCUCCUCACAGCGUUGCAGAUGUUCCACGCUUCACCAUUCUAAAUCAUGGCACGGUGCUAACAUCGCUAGGACAACACGUAUAACAAUAUGUUCAGUUGAUUGUCAACCGCUUUGUCAAUCAUUCCCCCCAAAAGAGGGAAAUCUAUAGUUGAAUAAAUUAAGGAGUUCAGGGACUUUCAUACACAAGUUUAAGACAUGUUUGGUAAAUGAUCGUCUAUCACAUAAAAAAAAAUAAAAAGACAAUAUUCAAGGAUCAAGUAUUAGAGGUAAGUUAUUUUGUGUUAGCCCUUGGACUGUCAUGUAGGAAGACACACACAUCAAAUCAUCAGGGCUUUCUUUUGUCCUCAUUGCAAGGAUAUGAAAAGCCAGUCGUUCUCCUCGUGACAUUCACUAACGAGGCUUCACAUCCUGAUUUACGUUUGAGAUGCUCCUGAGGCGCAAUGGAACCAAGUUAUUGGGUGAUGCAGGUGUCACCCAUGUCUUGGGCGUAGCGGUCCAAUAUUACGUUCCGUAACUCUUCCACGUCACCACGCAGCUGCUGCGCUUCAAGCAGCUUCUUGUGUAGCACCUCUGGAUUCAUCCAGUCCUCGUCCUGCUCGGACACCGGUAUGGGUGCUGAGAAGACAAACGGGACAUAUUUUUAAAUUCUAUUCUAAGUAUUGUCACUUACACACCCACAGUUGACCAUAAUUGUGUGUAAAAAAAAAUAUGGCAAGUUUUUCACAUCAUUAAUGCAGUCUCUCCAUUGCACGCCAGAAAUGUUCUAGUGCGACCAUGUAGAGAUAGAAAUAUGUUGUUGCGUAAAUAAGAUUUUUUUGUUUAAUAAAAUUACUACAUUUAGUUGGUAAGUAGUUUUACACCAUUUCAUUUUUAUUACAUAGUAGUUAACUUAAAAGGCAGUACAGGUACUACUCAGAAAAUUAGAAUAUCUUGAAAAGGUUGUUGUAUUUCUGCAGUUCAACUUAAAAGGUGAAUUUGACAUAUUAUAUAAACAAAUAAUAUGCAAAUCAAUAUAUUUCAAGUUUUUAUUUCUAUGGAUUUUGCUGAUCAGGUCUUGCAGCUUAAAAAAACUCAAAUUCAAAAACUCACAAAAUUAGAAUAUUACAUAAAGUCAAUGUAAAAAAGGGUUUUAAAUACAAAAAUGUGAGGCCUCCAAAGCUAAACUCUUGCACCUGUAUUUAGUACUUGGUUGAGGCCCCUUUUGCCCGAAUAACUGCCUUCAUCCGGCGUGGCAUGGAUGCUAUCAGUUUGUGGCAUAUCUCAGGGAUUAUGGAAGACCAGCAUGCUUCAGUUGUGGCUUUAGCUGCUCUUUAUUGUUUGGUCUCUUCCCGUACAGUUUUCUCUUGACAAUGACCCACAGAUUUUCUAUGGGGUUCAAGUCAGGUGAGUUUGCAGGCCAAUCAAACAUGGUAAUCCUAUGGUCGUUGAACCAGGACUUUGUACUUUUACCACUGUGAGCAGGUGCCAAGUCCUGCUGGAAGAUGAAGUCUGCAUCUCCAUAAAGCUGUUCUACUGAAGCAAGCAUGAAGUGCUCUAAAAUGUCCUGGUAGACGGCUGUGGUUAUGUUUGACUUCAUGAAGCACAGAGUACCAACACCAGCAGCUGACAUGGAUGCCCAAGUCAUCACAGACUGGGGAAACCUAACACUGGACUUCAUGCAUCUUCUAUCGUGCUCUUCUCCAGUCUUCCUCCAGACUCUGGGACCUUUGUUGCCAAAUGAGGUGCACAACUUGCUCUAAUCAGAAAAGAGGACUUUUACCCACUGGGCAACAGACCAGUCCUUCUUUUCUCUUGCCCAGGGAAGGUGCCUCUGGCGUUGAUUACUAUUGAGAGAGGUUAGACAACAGGAAUUCGACAUUUGAAGCCCAUGUCCAGCAUCCGCCUGCGUGUUGUUUCUCUUGAAGCAACAACUCCAGCAUCGGUUCACUCCUUAUGAAGUUCCCCCACUUUUGAAUGGCCCUUUUCUGACCACCCUCUCCAGCCUGCGGUCAUCUCUCCUGCUUGUACACCGUUUUCUACCACACUUCUUCCUUCCACUUGACUGUCCACUUUCAAUUCUCAUUGACUUUCAAGUCAAUGAGAGUUUUCUGCACAACUGUCAGAUCAGCAGUCUUCCCCAUGUCUGAACUCUUCGGAGCCAACCUAAGACAGACUUUUGAAAGGCUCAAGACCCUUUUGCAGGUGUUUUGGAUUACUUGCCUGAUUAGAAUUUGACUCUUUGAACCUACAAAACUGAAGCUUUUCACAGUAUUCUAAUUUUCUGAGUUUGUGGGUUUGUGGUUUUAAGAAGAUGAAAAUCUUAAUCAGCAAAGUUACAACAAGGAACUGCUUGAGAAAUGUCAAUUUGCAUGUAACGGCUCAAUAAAAUCAGUUGGUUUCAUCUUUUAUGUUAAAUUGCCAAAAUAAAGCAACUUUUACUUGAUAUUCUAAUUUUUUGGGUAGUACCUGUAUAUUUAUUUUCGGGGUUGAGAGAUGCAUGAAAACCAUCAACUGAGUCACAGCUUUUCUUUCGGUCUCUCGCACACCAGUGACCUGUGUAGUUACUCAAGAGUGUAGAAGGCUUAAAUGAAGCUUACAUGUGAGGCCAAGCAGCAGUGAGAGGUUGGGGUCUUGUCCCUGAGCCCUUUGGGUCAAAAUGCUGCACAGGGAGCGCAGGUCACUGAGGCAGGUAGCAAUCUCCUCAUGGAGCCUCUGUGUCAGGCGAGCACCAGCUGGCUGCAGGGUGGAGGAGGCCUGGUUGGCAUUCUUCUGUUCUGAAUUGCCUAUCUGCUCCUGCAGGGUCAGGUUCUGCUCCAUAAGUUCCUGGUUUUGGGCAGAGAGCUGGAAGACGGUGUUGGAGAGCAAAUGUUAUUGGAUUGAAAAAAUAACUUGGUUUAUAUCCAGCUAUCUGACCUCUUUCAUGGCUAUGUGGAGCUCUGACAUGUUCUGCUCUUUGGCCAACACAUCCUCUCUCAGAGCCUGGGAAGUGUUCUCUUCCUGGGACAUCUGCACCUCCAAAGCCUGCAGAAGAAAAUACAUAAAGGGUUAAGAGAUGAUGAGAAGAAGCACAAUGAUGAUGUCAUCAGUUACCUGGAUCUGAGAGCUGAGCUGCUCCAUCAUCAUGUGCUGCUUCUCAAUAACCUGCAGAUAAAAAUAGCAUUUUAUUGACAGACAUGACUUGGUAAUUCCAGCAGUACCUAUAACGCACUACUAGAUGGCGGUGUCACUCAGCAAAGACCGUUCUGCUUUUGCUUUAUUGUGUCUGAGUUUUGUUUUAUUAUACAGUGUUUACAAGAGUUAAGUAUGUAAAAAUGUUACUUUGGCUGUACAGUUAAAGGUUUUAUGAUGGAGACAACUAAUUCAUUCACUUAGAUUGUUUCUGACUUUGCAGAGUAAAUGAGUCCAUUGCUUUCUGCAAACCUGCAAUUUGGGCUUACGUCACAUUGAAUGACGUCAGACACUAUUUACAAUAUUUUGAAUUAAACAGGUCAGUGGCGUGGAACUUUUUUUUGGCAUGAAACAGACAAAAAAAAAAACAAAGCAGCUACAAUCUAUGUCUAUGUACAAUCUAUGUGCUAGUCCGUCAUUACCCUCAAGAGGUCAUUGAUGUUUGGGACAUGGCGCAAACUGUCAAAACUGGUUAAAAAUGCUUUUUUUGUUCUUUAAGUAGACAUAUUGCUCCCGCAAAUAGUUGCCUGGUGAUCGCUUAUCGGUUUAUUUAACUGCACUAGUCAAGCGUGUAAAGCCUAUCAACCUGCAAAAAGUCGUUUUCCAUAGAAAUGUUUGAUUUGAAAAACCAGCACACCUUUUUGAGUCGUUGCUGCUCCUCUCUUAAAGUGUUGUUCUCUCCUCUGAGUUUCUCCAUAUCCAGAGAGGGAAGUCGGGCUCCAUCUUCAAGGCCCUGUUGCACCCGCUGUUGCAUACUGAGGAAGAUGCAUGGCGCAUAGAUUUGAGGACAGUAAUGUAUAUGCAAUAUGUCCAUCUAUUUUCUAUGCCACUUAUCCUUAUUAGGGUCGCGGGGGUAAGCUGGAGCCUACCCCAGCUGACUGGGCGAAAGGCGGGGUACACCCUGGACUGGUCGCCAUCCAAUCGCAGGCAAACAAUCAUUCACACUCCCAUUCAGACAAUUAUAGAGUGGCCAUUUAACCUAACCUUUUUUGGAAUGUGGGAGGAAAUCGGAGUACGCGGAGAAAACCCACACACGCACAGGGAGAACAUGGAAACUAUGCAAUAUGUACUGGAUGUAUUUGUGCUUGCAUGCAUACUCGGUAAUAGUGGUCAGCAGGUCUCUCUCCCUUCGCUUCUGCUCCUCCAGCUGGGCAUCCUUCUCUCGUAGUUGUGAGCGUGUUGCUUCUAAAGAGGCCUCCAGUUCUUUUACUUUCUCUUGUAGCUGAGCUGUUUGUUGCUCGGCAUCCUGAAGCUAAGGCACAAAGAGCAAAGAUCAGGAUUCAUAAAUGUUUUGUUUUUUUUCACCCAAUUAAAACACACAACCACGCUCACCUCCUUGUUCUGGCUCUGGUAGUCCUCCAUUGUGGGCAGAUCGGCCAAGUAGCGCUCUAGAGUUUCAAUACGCUGCUGGUUCUCUCGCUUGAGCUCUGUCUCCUUCUGACACUUUUUCUUCAAGUUGUUGAUAUGCUUGUCUCUACUCCGAAUCUGCACAGUCGUUGGUAGGGUCAUUGACCUUCUUCUCCAAUUAUGUCAAAGAAGUGAGCUACUUCUUUGUAGCAUUUCAAUGUAACAUUUCAUCUACACAUUGAGAGGACUUCAAGAUCUUCCUUUAAACAGAAAUUACAGCAGGACUCAACGGAUAAAUAUCAAUUCAUUGUGAACUGCACAUCUUUUUUUCAUAACCUCUUGUGGUUUACAAGCUUGCGAAACACAUUAAGGAAGUUAAAAAGUGCAAACACACACACACCCUCUCUUCCUGUUUCUUCAUCUCUUCUGUGUGCCUCUCACACGUCUCUUUCAGGCUGUCAGUCAGCCGCCGCGUCUCAGCCUCCACUGCACCCAGCCUACGCUCGGCCUCCGCCUUUUCCAGAGCGGCGCAGUCUGUUCGCUCUGCAAACUGUGCCCUCAGGAACGCGUUUUCCCGCUGCGCUUCCUGUAACAUUGUCAUGUGAGUGGCUGUGAGGUGCCUACGGAAGUGCAGCAUGUGAGAACACGGGGUUUGCAGUUCGAUUUGCACGCUACUAACCUGCAACCGUAGUAAACACAUAUCCCCAAAGGGAGCACCUCGGCCCAGGAAGGCUCCAUGGACUUGCAGCUCGCUUUCCCUCAAACGCUGUUCCAACUGAGUCAUAUGCUGCUUUUGUCUGCACAAACAACAAAUCAAAUCAUCACACAUGAACAGUCAACAAUUACCCCAUCUUUACACAUUUUUAUUUAGCUCUAAACAUAAAGAGUUGGGAGCUACAACUUAGGACAGCUAAAAGGAGGUAUGGUUAAAGAUGAGUGGAAACACUUGCCGCUCUAUUAUAAGCUCCUUCUCCUUUAGCAGACCUUCACUGGCUUUUACCAGAGCGUCCAACUUGCCAGAUUCUGUGUGCAUGGCUGCUGGAUACAAAGACGGGUAGGGCCCCACUCCAGCACUCAUCUGGGACCGAGAGACAAUGAAAAGACUUUAUAUCAUACAUAAAUACAGUCAUCCCUCACCAAAUCGUGCUUCGAAUUUUGCGGCUUCACUCUAUCCGGUUUUUCUAAAUAAAUUAAUAAAUCAUUUCCGUUUCGUGGUUGACUACGGCCUAUUAUUAGUCAAAGAAUAUUGACUACGUUCUAUGUUGAUAUGUUCUAUGUAUUUUUUGCCCAAAAUUUUGCAUUUAAGCAUAAAAAUGGCUAAAUGAAGUAAAAUACAAAUAACACAUUCGGAAGAAGCAUUCAAAGACAUUAUAUAGAGUACUCUACAUUAGUCACAAGGAGUCAGUAAUGUUACUGUAAUGUUCAGUGAGACUUGAGCACCAGACUUGAUCACCGGAAUGACAGGCUUUUAUGGUAGGCUUGAAUGAUCUCACAACUGGCACAAGAAUCUCUAAUAAAAAUUAAAAACACAAGCUACUGUUGCGGCCGUAACCCAAACCAAGCUGAAACUCAACUCUGAACCCAAGUCUAAUUUAUGUGUCUUACAUGCCUUAUUUUCUGUUGUUAUGUCUACUAAACUGGUUAAUACGAGUAUUAAGGUGAUCAUAGGGGUGUUAUUUCAUGGCCAGAGGGCUCUAAUAAUGUUCAAAAAGGUAUUUAUAAAGUUGUAAACAGGUAUUCUAUGCUCCAACUACAAAAAUAUUCAACUUCUAAAUAAGGAAUCCUACUUUGUGGAAAUGUACUUAUCACAGUCAGGUCUGUAACCAAUUGACCUUGAUAAACGAGAGAUUACUGUACACAAUGGGGAUGACCACCCACAACAUUUACGGAAGAACUCAUUUAGAACAUAAAACAAACAAACCUAUGGGAACAAUGACAUUUCCAGCCAUUUUAUGAAACCAAAUAUAAAUCUAAUUCUAGGGAUUUUUAUUUGUCUUACGUUCUGCUUUUAAAAUAGGCCAAUGUGUCUGUAUGCCUCCAGGCUUUGUAUAGUCUAGUUUUCCAAUGACCAUCUCUGUCAGGAACCCAAUUUCUGUCCCACUUUUCUGUUCCAAAAACAAGCGUGUCCCACUGGAUUCAUUUUCCUCGUGCUGAUCACAGAAACAAUAACAGCAUCGGUUUUGAAAGACCAAAGGGGUUGCACCAUAGAAUGAAAACAUACCUGCAUUUGUUCCAUGCGCAGACGUAAACUUUCCAUCUGCUGCUUAUGAUGUUGUUGCUGCCAGCUUGAUAGUUCACCACAUCUGUCCUGGCGUAACGGGUCGUAAGCUUUGGUGCCCGCAUGGUCCCUCAAGAGAGCCUGCGUCUGCAGGCUCAGUGGGCUUGCAUAAACACCAGCAGGUCCAGCCCCACCAGGCUGAAUGGCCCUCGGACUGGACGGAUCGCCGGGGUUGGGAACGCCAGGUCUGGCCUCAGGGAGAACUUUAUAGCUGUGAUCCAUACUUCCUCUGUAAGCCUCCGACACACAGUCUGGGUUGUCUCUAAUCCCUGUAGUCUGUAAUCGGAGUCUGACAUCAGGGUUUAAGCUCCCCAAAAGGACUGACUGAUUUAGGGUAGGUUCCACUGCGGGAGUGUCAAACCUCUGGCCCUGGUCCAUAGGGAAAAGCGAGUGAUCCAGCCCAUUGACGAGGCUUCGAUACCGGCUCAAGCAGUCUGGCUUUGGCCCAGCAGGAUCGCUUCCCAUUGCGGUCUGAGCAUCCAGGUUGGGAGAUGAUGCUGACUUGGAGAGAGACGAUGAUUUGGAGGUGGAGCUACUUGAGGUUCUAGACAUCGAGGAAGACCUGUUAGCCUCCACAGAAGACAAAGAGUCCUCCUGGACAUUUGCCUGGGGCUUUGAGGCCAAGGCUCCGGCCGUGGAUGGCAUGACAUGUGCUGUUGGUAUAGGUAUCUGACUGCGAAUGGGCUGGAAAGCGGAGCUGCUCCUAGAACUGCAGAAAUCUGCAACCCAAUUAAAAAAGGGUAAAAUUAGCAACACAUUAUCUCACUGUUCCAUAUACAGAUGUACAGAGGAAGAUCAGUACAACACAGACAACACUGCAGGGUCUGUGGGUGGCCUACUUUGUUGUUGAAUAAUCCACCCUCCAGCUCAAAUAAACAAAAAGGUGUCACUAUUAAACAUAGGUUUCACUGAAUAUGCUUUGGUGAGGCUUGUAUGACGAUGCUGUGGUUACAUGCAAUGCAAGACAAGGACAUUUUGUAAAAACACCCUCAAAUUACUCAUGUACACACCCAAAAAUGUCUUGAUCUUAUUACAUAAGCACAAAUGAUUGCGACACGAUAACAUUACAAAGCAGAUACCUGUUCAAGUCUUGAAACCAGGCAGUCUUUCCAAAGCAACAAGCCCAUUAGUCCCUGGUGCAUUUUAAUGCCCAGCCUAGCUGAGCAGCAGGACACUUUAAAUCCAAGCAGAAGUCUGAGACUUGCAUUUCGCAGCAACAGUGAAUCACUCCAAGAAGCCCAGCUGACAGCAACGCAGCGGGACAGGCCUUGUGUGCAAAAGCGUAUUGUCCUGACCAACAGCCCAAGCAGCCAGUACUGAACACUGAGCAAAUACAUCCAACUAGGAACACACAGGAAAGGUUAAGGGUAUUUAUAGCCCACCUCUCAAGUUACAGAGUGAUCUGCGGGUGACGCUUAUUUAAGCACCUUUCCUCCUCCCCUCACAUCACAUGUGCGCAUCCACAUUUGAAGUGUUUUUGUUGUUGACUUGUACGAACCACAGCUUCCACAAACCAGACAAUAUUCACAAUCAGCGUAAAAGUAUAACGACGACGAAAAGAGUGGAAAAUGAAAGGCUUUCAACGUUAAAUGCAAAAUAGGCCUCAAGGGUUCCUGAGUCAAGACUGGCUAGAACAAGUUGAAACUACUCUUGUAUCCUCGCAGCAGGCAUUCCUUCCUUUGCAAAUUAUAUAACAUCAUUAUAGUUACCUGUAACUGUAACACACACACACACACACACACACACACACACUUAAAGGGAUUGUUCGGAUAUUUCACAUGAAGUUGUAUGACAUCCCAUCAGCAUUGUAGUCCAAUAACAGCGACUUACCCCCCCACUUGUUCAGCUACAAAAAUGCCCCUUUUUAAAAAAAAUCAGACCUCACAAAAUGCUUGGCGUUAUAUAUUUGUCUCCCGCCGUAUUCCUGCGCAUUGUCGCCUGUGCGUUCAUGUGUAUGUGACAAAGACGCUCGCAUCUACUUCUGUGGCCAUCUUGUUUACGUAUGUGUUCCA